AUGGCGGAGGAGCUGAAGAAGGAGCAGGACAGCAGCUGCGUGAUGGAGAGAAUGAAGAAGAGCAUGGUGUCCACGGUGAAAGAGCUGCAGGUGAAACUGGACGAGACGGAGCAGACGGCGCUGAAGGGAGGAAAGAAGCAGCUCCACAAGCUGGAGACCAGAGUGAGGGAGCUGCAGACGGAGCUGAUGAUGGAGCAGAAGAGGAGCGACGAGUCUCAGAAAGGAGUCCGUCGCCACGAGAAGAGAGUGAAGGAGCUCACGUUCCAGUCGGAGGAGGACCGGAAGACUCUGCUGAGGAUGCAGGAGCUCAUCGACAAGCUUCAAGCCAAAGUCAAGAGCUACAAGAGACAAGCGGAGAACGCUGAGGAGCAGGUGAGCUGCAGCACGGUGCGUUUCAGGAAAGUCCAACACGAGCUGGACGACGCCGAGGAGAGAGCCGACGUCGCCGAGACGAACGUCAACAAGCUGCGGAUUCGAACCUGUGAACAGUCCAGCAAGGUCGCCGUGAUCAUGGAAUGA